GUCCGGUUGAGAUUGCCUCCAUUUUUCCACUAUGCUGUCCAUCUUGCCCACGCUCGUGUUCUUGGCUGUCUCCCCAAGUGUCCUCUCGCAGGUGGUUCUCACCCAGUCAGAACCCAUGGUGAAAAAACCUGGAGAAUCCCAUAAACUGACCUGUGCAGUCACUGGGUUUGAUCCUGACAGCUACUGGAUGGGGUGGAUCCGGCAGGAACCUGGAAAAGGAUUGGAAUGGCUUGUUUCAUAUGUUAGGUCUAGUAGCACCAACUAUUAUUCCCCUGCAAUCCAAGGGCGAUUCACAGCCUCCAAGGACAGCUCCAAUUUCUACCUGCAAAUGAACAGUCUGAAAGCAGAGGACACAGCCAUGUAUUACUGUGCAAGAGGCACAGUGACGAGGAUCUUGGCAGAGCUCAGUUUCAGCGGGAAAGGGGACUUUUCAGACAUUCAGCUCACAGAAUCUGGACCAGGAACAGUGAGACCCGGAGAGAAUCUGAAUCUGGUCUGUAAAGUGACAGGAUUCCCCAUCAGGACUCAGUUUUAUCACUGGAUCUGGAUCCGACAGCCUCCUGGGAAAGGUCUGGAAUGGGCUGCAAGCAUAUACCCAUAUAGAGGGAGCAAGCACUACACUUCUUCUCUCCAAAGUCAUGCCACCAUUUCUGCAGACAUCUCCAAGAACGAGUUCUCCCUCCAGCUGAACUCCCUGACGGCUGCCGAUUCUGUAAUUUAUUUCUGUGCCCGGUGA